GACAACAGUAGCACAUUGUCAGGCUUACAGAACGCAGCAGUUAAACAACACAAUGAAGGCAUUCAUCGCGAUCGCUGUCCUGGCUCUGGCCGCUGUCUCCAACGGAUCAUACCUGCCAGCUGUGCAGUCGGUCCUUCCGUACUCCUACAGCUCAGGACUCUAUGGCCUGAACGGCUAUGAAGGUCUGGGCCACUACUCUGGACUCGCUGGACUGGGAUACUCCUCGGUGCUGGAUCAUGGACUGUCCUACCCGUACUCGGCCGCUCUCCCGUACUCUGUCUACAACAACGGUCUGUAUGGAGGAUACUACGGUGCCAAGGUAGCUCCGACUGUCGUCCAGGCCAACGUCAACACUCUGAAGACGGUCAGCCCUCUGGGUCUGUAUGGAGGAUACUACGGCGCCAAGGUCGCUCCGACUGUGGUCCAGGCCAACGUCAACACUCUGAAGACGGUCAGCCCUCUGGGUCUGUAUGGAGGAUACUACGGCGCCAAGGUCGCUCCGACUGUGGUCCAGGCCAACGUCAACACUCUGAAGACGGUCAGCCCUCUGGGUCUGUAUGGAGGAUACUACGGUGCCAAGGUCGCUCCGACUGUGGUCCAGGCCAACGUCAACAUCCUGAAGACGGUCAGCCCUCUGGGUCUGUAUGGAGGAUACUACGGCGCCAAGGUAGCUCCGACUGUCGUCCAGGCCAACGUUAACACUCUGAAGACGGUCAGCCCGCUGGGUCUGUAUGGAGGAUACGGUGUGGAGCAAGGAUACGGUCUGGGUCACGGAUAUGGCUACGGAUACAACAACUACCUCCCAGUCCAGGCUCAUGCUGCGAAGUACGUUGCUGCCAAUCCGGGAGCCGUCCAUGUGGCCCCUCUCCCAGGACAUCUAGUCAACCAGAAGUCGAUUGUGGCGUAAAUGAAUGUGAGAACGAUCAACUGGACAAGCAUGUGUAAAUAAACUUUAUUUGCAUUUUAUUAUUUUUGGUGAAAAUGA